UAGAUAUUUAAUUAAAAUGGAAUCACGAUCAUAUAAUUUCUCUACAGCUAAAAAGAGAUCCACUUAAAUGGAAAGCAAAGUCAUUUUGUAUAACAUUUAGUUUAUUUUCAUCUAAUAGUUUCCCAAGAGAAGAUGAAAAUGCUCCAAGAACAAUUAUUUUGAAAUAAGAAUGCCCAGGAGAAUUAAGUGCAUUUAAAGAAGUAAGAAAUGAUUAGAAAUAUAAUUAGUGUGUUUUAAGAACAAAAGAUGAAUCAAAAUGUAUGCAAUUCAAAGAUGGUACCCGAUUAAAUAAAUAAUUAUAAUAGCAUUAUUGGAAUGUGGUAAGCCUGCAUUUAGAAAGGCCAACACUACUCCAGAUUAUAAAUUCUGAGCAGUAUUAAAGAGCAUACAUAAAUAUAAUUUUAAUCACAAUAUUUAG